AUACAGGUAUUACUGACAUAAUUGAAAUCAUAUGGUAUUAUAACUACUGAUUCAAUGAUUCAGUGAAAACAUGAAAACUUUGCUACAAUUUUAUCAAUAUUUAUGUUUUAAUUGUUAAAUCACUAUUUGAGUGAUUCAUUUAGUAAUCAUUACUGAAAUUUACUUAACAUUUGACACAUUGAUUGCCAAUAAAUAGCAAUUAAAAGACCAAAGUUGGAUCAAUCGGGUGAUCGACAAACCAAUUGAUAGCCGCGAUGUCCGCUGAAAUUCGACCGUUCAGUGACUCAAUGUCUGUGACCAACAAAAUGGAGUUAUUGUCUAAACUAGAGGGUCAUCAGGAUGUGGUCAAUAUGGCACUGAUUUUGCCCGCAGAGGAUGGAGUGAUCAGCAUUAGUGACGAUAAAUCAAUUCGUAUUUGGCUUAAGAGAGAUGUCGGCAAUUACUGGCCAUCUAUUUGUCACAUUCUUCCAGCGCCGGCCAUUUGUAUGGAUUUUAAUAAUGAAACAAAACGUUUGUUUGUUGGUCUCGACAAUGGAUCCAUUUCUGAGUUUACAGUGGCUUCUGAUUAUAACCGUAUUGACCACAAACGCAAUUAUUUGGCGCAUCAAAACAGAGUUACAUCUGUUAUCUUUUCAUUGGUCACUGAAUGGGUCUUAAGUGUUGGUCGCGACAAAUAUUUUGUUUGGCACUGCUCUGAAACUGGCCGAAGACUCUGUGGAUAUCUUUGCAACAGUUGGAUCACAGCUCUUCAAUUUGAUAUGCAAUCUAAACACGCUUUUAUUGGUGAUUAUAACGGAAGCAUUACAAUGUUGAAGAUUGAAGAGAACUCUUUUAAACCAAUUACCAGUUUGAAGGGACACUCAGCAGCUAUUAGAUGUCUUGCCUGGGAUUCUAGUAAACAAAUGCUAUAUUCUGGAGGUUUCGACAAAAUUGUCAUCUGUUGGGACAUUGGAGGCAAAAAAGGAACCGCUUAUGAAUUACAAGGACAUCAUAAUAAAGUAACUUCUUUGGUUCACUCAAACACAUCACAACUAUUGUUAUCUUCAGGAGAAGAUAAUAUGAUAAUUGCAUGGAAUAUGACUAAAAAGAGAUGUGAAACUCCUGAAUGGGCCGAAAAUGAUAAUUGUCAGCGAUGUCAGAGACCAUUCUUCUGGAAUAUCAAAUCCAUGUACGACCAGAAGACAAUUGGAUUGCGACAGCAUCACUGUCGUCGUUGUGGAAAAGCUGUCUGCGAUACCUGCAGUUCCAACAGAAGUGUCAUUCCUAUUAUGGGAUAUGAAUUCCGUGUUCGUGUUUGUGAUGAGUGCCAUAGUGUUAUCACUGAUGCCGAUCGUAGUUCUCUUGCAUCAUAUCAUGACUCCAAACAUUGUAUAAUGCAUAUGGAUGUCGACGAAUCUCGAGGACAGGCACUUACUUCAGGAGCAGAUCGUGUUAUUAAAUUAUGGGACGUAUCAAAGAUUUUGAAUUCAUUGUGAAAUAAAGUAUUAUUGCCUUAACUUAUUGGCACAAAUGUUUUAAACCAAUUAUUUAACAUUUGUUAAAUCCUACACUUUUUAAAAAGAUUUUUCUUUUAAAAUAGAUUUUCUAAUU